AUGGCAGAAUCCUCUGUGGCUCCCUCCACGGGCGAGGUUUUGUCAAUUCAGGAAUUAAAAGAGCAGGGAAAUCUCGCCUUCAAGCGAGCCACGCUGUUGAGGCGAACGACGGCUUCAACGCAGUACCUUGGCGAAGCCAAGUCGUAUUACAUUCAGGCCAUUCAGAGGGUGGGGAACGCGAAGGCGGAUGCCGAGAACCUCGCGCUCUCGUGUGAGGUGAUUGCCGCCGCAGAGCCCAACCAGCCCUUUGUUGUGCAGGAGGUUGCAGUUAACCAGCCAAUGAUGCAGGUGGUCCAGCCAUAUGUGACUGCGAUGCUGGUGCCCGUCAUCGUCAAUGCAUCGGGACAAAUCAUGCAGGGGCAAACCCAGGCAGUGCCUGUGGCCAGUCCCAACCAGGACUACGGUGCCCAGUGGACGUUUCCUCCCGGCUCGCCCCACAUGAAUUCCCCACAGAUGGCACCCCUGGAGAAUUUCAACUUUGGCUACGACUACGCAGAAGCUGGAUUCGAAUAUGGUUCGCCGGAGGAUGAGGAAAACCGUGGACAAGCUCGCCGACGCCGUCGAGCGCGCGCUGCGCAGCCGAAGACCCCUGGCAUGAUUCAGAAUUCUGCCCGUCGCUGUGCGGAGGACGUCACUGUGCUCUCCAAAGAGCACUGUGACCACCUGCGUCAGCAGUUGGAGGCGGGAGGGGAUGAGCUGACCAUGGCCAUGUCUCAGAUCUCGGGCAAGGUGUGGUCAUUGUCCCGUGAUGCGAACGGGUGCCGUGUGGUGCAGACCGCCAUGGAGAAGGCAAGCAAUGGGGCUGCCAAGGAGCUGGCAUUGGAACUUCACGGGCACGUGAGGGAAGCUGUAGUUUCCCCACAUGCCAACUACGUGAUACAGAAGGUCAUCACGCAGCUAAGUCCAGCAACAUCGGCAUUCAUUGCGGAUGAGCUUCUAGGCAAUGGCGCAAGAUUUGCCAGGCAUCGCUUCGGUUGCCGAAUCAUGUGCCGUCUUUUGGAGCACUGCUCUAAUGCCGAUGGGACUCGAAAGCUUGUUGACGAAGUCUUGGAGGACCUAUCUGAGGCCUUGGACCUCUGCCGUCACAACUUUGGCCAUCACGUGGUCCAGUCCGUACUGGAACAUGGAGAUUCAAGGUACAAGGAACUGAUCGCGGAGGUCCUUCAGAGUGAUCUGUUUGCGAAUGCAUCUCACCGCAGUGCGAGCUAUGUUGUCGAGUCGGCGCUCUCGCACUGUUUGGAGAAGGAUCAGCAAGUCUUGCUUCAGCAGCUGUCAGACCCAAACAUGGUUGCCCAACUAGCUCAAGCCCGCUACGGAUUCUAUGUUGCAAAGACAGUGCUGCAGCGUCCUGAAGUUGAUGCUGAGGCGCUGUCCCGUCUGCCCGCAGUGGCUGCGAUGCUUGCGAGCGGCGAAUCCAUCCAACAGCCUUACUGA